CUCACGUCUUUUACAGCAGUUUUUACCGCAUUAGUUCGCAACUUACAUUGGUUAACCCAAAUUUAUAAACAGCAAACACAAUAGUAACACUUUUAUAUGCGAUGAAAUAUCUUUUUUACUUUUUAUAGCUAGUUAAAAAGUUGUUGUAAAAAUAAAAACAUAUUAUUGAAGUUUAAAAUGAUAAAAAAAUGGAAAGCAACACCAACGUCUCAGAAAUACGUUGUAGUUGGAAGAUCAAACGACGACAACGAAUUUGAUGGAAAAUCAAAGUCAGAAGAAACUCGAACAAGAAAACCUCGCCGACAUACUACGGGUAGUGGUAAACAAACUAUAGAAGAUAUAAAGAAAGCAAAAGAAUUAGCUGGAAUGAGUACUCCAAAUUAUGAAGAGGUUACUGAUUAUUCCUCAGAAAGAACAAACACAUUAGGCAGAAAACAACUUAUUUCAAUGUUAAAGCAGAGAUAUGGUCCUGAAAUUGAAUGUUAUCGUAAUGCAAACGAACAAGCCGAGCAGGAACAAGAUAUUGAAAAAAAACUUCUUGAGCGUAGUUGGGAUCAACGAAAUCCAAAAAGUAAAACAUUCCAAUUCAGUAAAAGUCCAAAUAACAACUCCUCCUCUAUGGUGCGAUCAAACAACUCGAGUUUUCGAAGAUCGACAAGAAGAACCAACUCAAAUGAUGGCUCUGGUGGAGAAACAUCAAACUCUGUGAGUGGAAAUAGCGAUAACGAUUCAGGUUGGAGUUCACAUGCAAUUGCGUUCCUACAAUAUCGCGAUGAAGUAAAACGUGUAAACUUACCAUCUCUUAUGCGCUCAAUAGACACCGUAAAAAGUCUCUUUGUUGAAGCGUUCCCUAAUAAAGUCACUUUACAGCAUUUUCAGACUGGAAAAAUAACUAUAUAUAUAAAAGACAUCGAGAAUGGCGUUUAUUAUCAACUUGAAAACAUUGGAGAUGUUUCAAAUCGAUCAUUUCUUAAAAUUCACGAGUUAGAUACACAACAAAGUAAUAGUCAACCAACUUGGGAUAGUUUAUCUGCUAAAAAACAAACAGAAGUCACUCAAGAAAUAUCCAUUCCAAAAUUUCAAAGAGAAAGCUCAAGUUCUUCAUUGCGCUCAGAUGGCGUGCUAAACCGAACAAAUUAUGGUACGCAAAACAAUUUUGAAUUUAAGGGAGAUGCGGAAAAGCAGAUAUCUUCGCCAAAAACCUUUAGAUCGUCAAGUUUCAACAACCCAUAUGAACAAUAUGGUAGAGGGGCAACAUUUAGCCCUGCUGUAACACGAAAAACUCAAGCACAAAUGACGCCAGUCAGCAAAGUUUCCGUUGGAGAGUCUUCUUUGUCUAACGAAGAAUGUAGAAAUGUUGAAAAUGAAGAUUGCGUUAACAUAAAAAGUCCUGGCAAACUGAACCAAAAAAUCAUCAACAACCUUCAAAACCAAGCCGAUCAGUUUAAUUCACGAAAGGAAUAUCUUCCAAAACAUUACCAACCUACUGUCCUUGUAAAAGCACAAGAAGCCAAACCUGAACCAAUAUUGACGAAAGAAAUUAAGAAGCAUGGUUCUAAUCAAUCGGUUUCCAGCGAAUCAUCUGACAACUACAAAGUUCCAGUUUCUACGCAACCAUUUGAGACAAAACGUGAUGAAAAAACAAAUAGCUCAGCUUCUUUAAAUAAAAUCUCCAAUAAUAUUCCCGAUAUUUCUACUGAUUUGUUACAGGAACUUAACGAGCUUGAGGAAGAAGUCAAAUGGAAAAAUAUUCCUGACAGAAAAUCUCAAGUAAAAGAAAAUAAGAAAGAAACUAAUUCCUCUCAAUCGCCUGGAUCUUUGAACACAAAUAACAAACCCCUAAAUCCUCAAAACACAAACGUGCCAUCCUAUAAUAAUCCAAAUAUGAUAGCCGCUACAACUAAAGCAAGAAACGCAUCAAUGAGUUCUAAUACAUCUACUGGUUCUGAAAAUUUAAAUUCAUCUUAUCCUGAUUCAUACAUUUCAGAAACAGGAGAUCAUGAAAAUCAAGCUGAUGAGCUAUUGCAGAGUCUCUCUCAACCCAUAUAUGCACAAAUCGAUAAAGCGUUUUUAACAUCAAAAGCAAAACUUCCUAAUGGUAUUUCUGCACCAACAGUAUCAGUUGACGAAAGCGCAAAAAGUUCUGUUCAAUCGCCAAAACUUCCAAGAGAUAGGACUAAAAGUGGCAAAAUAUGCAAGCCCCCGUCCGUAACUACUCCAGAUUUUAUAGAGCUUGAAGAUUCUGCGCACAUAGUUAAAAAAAGAAUAUAUGCUGUAAAAAAAGACUUGGCUGAAAUGCGUAAAUAUCAUUUGGAGAACUCGCGUCAGUUUAAAGCUGACAUUCAAAAAAAGUUACUGCUGUUUAGAAAAAAAGCCGCCAAAGCGGAAGAGUUACUCCAAGAUAAAUUAGAUAUAAACAAUAGUUUUAUAUUUGCUCACGAGCAUCCUGUUCGCGAAAGACGACAUCGUUUGACAUCGGAUCAAAUAGAAUACAACAAAAAGAAAUCCAAUGCCACAGAACUUAUUGGGAAACUUGAAGAUCAAAUGGAAAAGAUUCGAUUAAGUGUAGUUACCAAGAAAUGUGUUGAGAAACCUGAAGAUCUUGAAGCUAUUCAUGAUGAACUUACAGGUUGUGCAAAGUCUUUGUCUGAAGUUAAAAAUCGAUAUCACGGUCUUAUUGAUAUGGUAGAAAAAGUGAUUACUACUGAAAAAGAAAUCAUUUCUGAAGAAGAAAAGUUUUUAAAGGAAGAACCAGAAAACCUAGAAACGCUCAUCAUCCGAUGCAAAGCAUUGACUGAUACUUUAUCUACACUUAAAAGAUUAGCAACUGUUCAAAACCAAGCAACUGCAAAACGACAACAACAACAACAACAAAAGCCUCAACAACAACAACAGCAACAACAACAACAACAACAGCCUCAACAACAACAACAACGGCAAAACUAUGUUUACCGAAGCUAUGCCGACAGCGGUAUCAUGUAAAAAUUAUUUUGAAAAUACUACUCCAAGUAAGAAACAAAGCUUCGUCAAGCUGCAAUUUUACAGAAGUUGAAACAAAGGCAUAAGAAUGGGCUAAAAGCAUACAUUUAAAAAUAAAAACAUUUUGUAUUUAAUAGUCUUAAUUGCUAACAAAAAUGUACAAGUUUUUAAAA